GCUCGCUCUGAACUUCAGCACUAUUUCACAUGGACCCCACGGUAGUGUUCAUUACCGGCUGCUCCUCCGGAAUCGGCAUGCACUUGGCUGUUCGCCUGGCUUCCGACCGUUCCCAGAGCUUCAAAGUGUAUGCCACGUUGCGGAACCUGAAGGCAAAGGGACCAUUGUUGGAGGCCGCCAGGGCUCAAGGAUGCCCUCCUGGCUCCCUGGAGAUACUGGAAUUGGAUGUCAGAGACUCCGAAUCUGUGGCUGCUGCCCAGGCAUGCGUGACUGAGGGUCGUGUAGAUGUACUGGUCUGUAAUGCUGGCCGCGGCUUGUUUGGGCCAUUGGAAGCCCAUGAGUUGAACGCUGUGGGUGCUGUGUUGGACGUGAAUGUGCUUGGGACCAUUCGGAUGCUGCAGGCCUUUCUGCCAGAAAUGAAGAGGCGCCACUCCGGGCGUGUGCUGGUGACUGCAAGUGUGGGAGGCUUGAUGGGACUGCCAUUCCACGAAGUGUACUGUGCCAGCAAGUUUGCGCUGGAAGGUUUAUGCGAGAGUCUGGCGAUCCUCCUGCCGCUCUUUGGAGUCCAUGUGAGCCUCAUCGAGUGUGGGGCAGUGCACACAGCCUUCUAUGAAAAGCUGGAGGGCGGCCCGGGCGGGGCUCUGGAGCGAGUAGAUGCCCAGACCCGCCACCUCUUUGCGCACUACCAGCGUGGUUAUGAGCAAGCCCUGAGCGAGGCGCAGGACCCAGAGGAGGUGACGGAGCUCUUCUUGACUGCAAUGCGAGCCCCGCAGCCUGCGCUGCGCUACUUCUCCACGAACCGCUUCCUACCCCUGGCCCGAAUGCGCACAGAGGAUCCCAGUGGCAACAGCUAUGUCGCGGCGAUGCACCGCGAAGCCUUCUCUAAUCUGCAGGCCCAGGAGAAUGCCAAGGCUGGGGCCCAAGUCCCUGGGGGCUCGCACACGGCCUCCAUUGCCCUCAUUUGCCCCCCUGAAUGUGCAAUCCCUAGGGUGGCAUCUGAAUUGGGGUGGUCUGCAUCGGAUAAACCGGGUCAGGACAAUUCAUGUUACCAGCAAAAGAUCUAAGCCAGCAUCUCUUUUUUCUUAUUUUAGAAUGUAUUUUAAGACAGGGUUUCACCAUGUAGCCCUGGCUGGACAGUAACUCAUAAAGAUCCACCUGCCUCUGCAUCCUGCAUGCUGGAACCUUAGGUGUGUGCAACUACACACUUCUCAGAAUCAUUUGAAAUACUGCCAGCAUCUUCAUGGGUCAAGAUAAGAGGGCUGAUAUCCAAGGUGCUAGGUUAAGAGGUUUUUUUUCUUCCAAUAAAUUUAUUUAUUAUCAUGUAUCAUGUA